GUAUGUUCGAUAUUUCUAUCUCCACCACACUGCGACUCAACUACACCCUGAGCAGAGUCCGACGCCCUUCCUACCGCGAUCGACGGUUCUGCAGUUCCCAACACCAGCAGUGUGCCAAUGUCUACGGCUCCAGCGGUCGACGUACCCGAGAUUGACUGGGUGACCCCCGAGGUGCCUACCAUCCGACUCGGAGUGUUCAAGGCCAAGCCUGAGGCAACGCAGCCAGACUCCGUCACCUACUUUGGCGACAUAUUUAUUACUCGAUUCGACGCUUAUGAACACAACCUCAACUGGGACAACGCACUCCGUUCCGCGGCAUCUGAAGGCGAUGUCGUACCGCCGUUGUGGCGGUAUAGAUUUCCCCUCCUAUCAUUCCGGAAGCUCUGCCUGAGCAAAGGAGAGUAUCCAUACGUUGGAAAUAUCCAUUUUAGCUUCAUCCUGGCUAUGCGUGUCGUGACGCUGAUGUACGGUGUCCUCGACACCUUGCAAGUACUGCUGCCUAUACCGCAGCUUAUUCUGGAAGCCUGGCGGAUCUACAGAAACGCGCGUCGCCCCCCACGUAUGAUCACUACUCGCCGCCAGCGCGAGUAUCGUCGGUUGCACAACAGGAGAUAACGCAGUGGUUCAUCAGAUCUCGCCUGUCCGUCCUGGAGGCGAUCUGCGAUGUCUCGGUGUAACCACCAUCUCCUUCGGUUUUGGUCUGGUCCGUCGACACUCGUCGACAUAGCAUCCAACGACACUCGCGCACACGGUCCUCUGGCGACUCCUCGCUGACGCACUGGCACCGGGCUGAUCCUGGUGGUCUUCCCCGACCAGUGCGAUCUUGUUGGUACCGGCUCGUGCACAGCCGUUGCUAACAGACAGCAGACUCGCCUCCGCGGACCCCGGCGCGUCCUAUCUCC